CUCUUGUUUUCUGGUCAGUCAUCUGAUGUUGGAGUCGGAGUCACGUCUCUGUGGAUAAUCUCAUCGAGCUGUUCUUCUGAAUACAUCGAUAUGAAGGCGCUAACAGGGCUGCUGCUGUUGGUCUUUGGCCACGGUGUGUCCUCAGUGCUUCACUCUAAGCAGUAUUUCUACACGGGGUCGUCUGGACUCUCAACCUUCCCAGAGUUUGUUGCUGUUGGGAUGGUGGAUGGAGUUCAGUUUGAGUACUAUGACAGCAACACCCAGAGAGAGGUCCUCAAACAGGAUUGGAUGGAGCAGGCCAUCAGAGAGGACCACGACUACCAGGCGAGGGGCACUGGAAUAGCUCAGGGUGACCAGCAGGUCUUCAAAGCCGACAUUGUGCAUCUGAAGAAGAUCUUUAACCAGAUAGGAGGUAUCCACAUAUAUCAGUGGAUGUAUGGUUGUGAGUGGGAUGAUGAGGAUGAUUCUACUGAUGGUUAUGAGCAGUAUGGUUAUGAUGGAGAGGACUUCAUAUCGUUGGACCUGAAGACCCUGACCUGGGUCGCUGCAGUACCUCAGGCUGUCCCCAUCACACAGAGUUGGAAUGAGGAUGAAGCUGAUUUACAAUACCUGAAGUACUACCACACCAAGGAGUGUGUUGGUGUGCUGAAGACGGCCCUGUUCUAUGGGAAGAACACUCUGCAGAGAACAGAUCGUCCGCGGGUGUCUCUGCUCCAGAGGAGCCCCUCCUCCCCAGUGGUGUGCCAUGCUACAGGCUUCUACCCUGACAGGGUGGUGGUGUUCUGGAGGAGAGACGGCCAGGAGCUCCAUGAGCAGGUGGACCCCGGGGAGGUCCUCCCCAACCACGACGGGACCUUCCAGGUCAGCGUGGACCUCAACCUCACGGCCGUCCCACAGGAGGACUGGGGGAGGUACGAGUGUGUGGUCCAGCUGAGAGGCAUCGAGGACAUCUCCACCCCCCUGGACCCCGCCCUCAUCAGGACCAACUGGGAGGUACAGAGUGGCCUCACCAUCCCCAUCAUCAUUGGGUUGCUUGUUCUCCUCCUCGCUGCUGCUGCUGCUGUUGGAGUCUUUGUGUACCAGAAGAGGAACGGUUCUGACACCAGCUCUGAGAACACUGAGGAGCAGAAUCCGGCUCCUGAGGCCCAACCUCUGACCACAGUUUGUAGUUAAAUCAUGAAGAGGCUUCUCACGUUCAGCUUCCUAAACCAGGAUGGAGUGGAUCGCAGUUCAUUUACAAUCCUUACCAACAGGCUUGGGACUUCAGCUAACUAAAGAUGCUAUAUUUGUUUAAUAACAAUGACAUUCAUACUUACAUUUUGGGUAUGGGAUUUGCGAAACGCCAGCAGAUUUUGAAAACACACAACUCAAAUGGCCCUACCCCCUCUCCUUCAAAGCUGACUCUGACUCCACCCAUUCCAAGUACAUGGACGCGCAAUCAUGCACGAGCGCGAACACAGAUGCGCGAGAGCGAGCCAGGCUAGCUAGGUUGGAGUUUAGGGUUGCUUCUAGUGCUACUGCUAGGUCCAAAUGUGGAUUAGCUAGUUAGCUAGCUCCAGUAGCUACCGCAGGAUAACAACAAACAGAAGCCUGCUCUGGGUCAUGAGCUUUGAGUAUGUGCACGAAGGGGUCACUCGCGGGGACCGGGGGAGGGGGUGUGCAGUACGACCGUUUGAUUGACGUACUUACUGUCCAAUGCCACUCGGUGGUUCUGAAAAUCAUUGGCUGGAGUUUUUGGAGCCCUGCCCGUUCCACAGAUGAUUGACUUGUUUAAUUUUCGUGUCAGUACUUCUAACUCAGUGGCUGUAAGCGGGUUAUGAUAAGGAUUUCAAGUAAUUUUGCAAAAAUGGCCAAAAAAGAGAAUUCCAUACCCAACCUUUAACUUUAUCUUGAUAACAACCAUUUACCCGUAAAGAAUUGUAAAUCAAUUAAAUCGCUGUAUUUGUGAUAGAUUUGAUUAACUCACUGGCUUAAACCUAUAAUCUGUCAGGAUUCUCGUAUGGACUGUUGUUUUUGUCUCCCCCUACCUGUUGGAGUGUGAUAAUUCUGGACUUUGUUUAUGUUUGUAGCCAUGUGUUGGUCAUGUGCCCGGAGUAACACCCAUGUCCUUAUUUGGGCAACUUCCUGCCUCUUGUUUGUUUCCCUCCAUUUUCUCUGUUCACCUGUCUCUCAUUUGGUAUUGAUUGGUGGAAUAUUUAAACACUGCCCUUUCUGUUCACUUUGUCAGAUCGUCACGUUAGGUACUGUUUGCUACCUGACUGCCACGUGAGUGAGACUAGCGUGAAGCUCUUUAAAGAGAAGUUAUAGUUUACUGUUCUUCCCGGUUUUGAACCCUGCCUGUUUUGGACUACGUCUUCUGCCUAUCGGUUUUGGAUCUCUUGCCUGUACCUGUCCGUCUGUAUCUCUCUGCCUGCCAGCCUGUUUACGAACCCUGCCUGUACCUGGAAUCUGAUUUGCCCGCUGGACUGUUUGGGAAUAAAUCCUUUUCAUCUGCAAUUGAUUCACGUUCUGAGUCGUGACAUAAUCUUUCACUGAUGCUUGGAAACCAUGGCAAUACGACCUCGUGUUGCCAUGAUUGUGGCUAGCACAAUCGAGCUAGGCUGCUCUAGCAUGAAUAAUUAUUUUUUGUAUUUUUAGAAAAGAAUUGGAAUUGGAUUAAAUAUUGAUGUUUUUUUUAAUCAUCGAAAUGUAAAGAUCACUGUACCCUUGUUUGGGGUUAUUUGGUCAAUAAAAUCCCCCAAAAAUCAGAAAACAUUAA